AUGGAAUCUGUCUUCGUCCCUGGUGCGAGGAGCUUGGGCGCUGAACCGAGGCCGAAGGCCUCAGACUUGCGCGGUCAUGCGAGGCAGGCCCCUGGCGGGCUGUCGGGCCCGACUUUGCCUAUUCUAGUACUGGCAUCCACCCUGGUAGGGAAGAGCUAUCGACGGUCAUGCAGGCAGAGCCGCCGUACACUGCGACCUUUGAGGGCAUCGGAGGUGAUGCUGCCUGAUACUUUGUUUGAUCUCGAGCCGACGGAAUCCUGGUCCUCCAAGCUGGGUAUCGUGCCCCCGGACGACAUCCGAAGACGCAUCCGGCUCACGCGGGGCAUGCUGGAGAAAGACCUUCUCGCUUACAUCGGCGACACCGUCUGGGAGUACUUGGUUCUUCGGCAUCAGUACCAGCAGGUGGUCCGGAGCCCCUUCACGGAGAGCCAGAAGGUGAGGUCGAUCAGGCAGGCCAACGCGGCGGUCAUGCUCUUCCGUGGUGAGGCGCUGACUGAGAGGGAGCGCACCGUCGUUUUGGAGGGCGCCCAGAAGACCUGGCUGAGCAAGGUGAGGAUGAACUUCGACAACAUCCAGGAGGUUGGAGUCAAUGCGUACUCCAGCGCCCUGGGCCUUCGAACCCUGCUGGGCUACGCCUACAUGGACGCGGCUGCCUCUGAUGCCGACCUCACGCGGAUCGUGGAUGAGAUCGGGCUGCUUACACCUCCUGGAACGGAAGAUAAGAUGCUGUCCGAGAUCACCGGAGGUAUCUUUGACCCAUCACUUCGUCCGCCUGGUAGCUACUUCCUGGCCCUGGCGCCUUUGGGUCACGCCGCACUGCGCCUAUACAUUUGCCGAUACCUUUGCGAGAGGCCGACGCAGGCGAGUGAGUUCAUCUACCGAGUGAAGAUGGCGCUUCGCCAAGACGAGCUGGAUGCUGCAGCGGCGGCCUUCCUGCUGGAUAGUGCUACUGCCGAAGAGGCCCGCCUGAUGCAGGGCGCCCGCGAGCAGCGGGACAGCUACGCCUUUGCCUUCGAGUGCUUGCUGGGCGACCUGGCCCUCCGGCUGCCGUACCGCCUGCAUCAGAUCGUCUCGCAGUUUGGCUGGGCUCAGCCUUUGGAAGGUGGCCAAAGCCCCGGGAGCAUACGGCCAUUGGCCUCCGGAGCGCGUGGAUCUGCCGAGUCGGCCGGAUGGGGCUUGGCGGCCGCAGGCCUUGCUGUGGGCGCCCACAUGGGCCUUGCAGCUGCCUGGCGAGCCCGAUCUUCCACUGCCGCUGGUGCCGAGGGGGGGGCCUACAAGGAGACGCCUGCCGAUGAGCGCCUCUUUGAGCAGGUCUACCUGCAGUACACCUCGGAGUACAUGAAGGGCCCCAUGUACUGGCACAAGGACAAGCUGCAGGGCUCCCUGCCGGACUAUCCUGGACGCCCCAUGAUCAGGGACGGCAAGUACACCCCCUAUGUCCUGGGAAACCUGAAGUCCUUCAGCUCCAACGAGCUGGCGUUCUUGGCCAUGCUCUUCUUCGGCGUUGGCCUGUACGGCAACCUGCAGUUCAACUACUAUGACCCGCAGUGGGCCAAGGUUGAUGCCGGCGGCUACUUCAACGUCUCCUACAUUGUGGAGUCCCUGCUGCUGCCUAUCUCCUUCUUCAUGCACAUCGCAUGCUACAUCCAGAAGCAGAACGGCAAGUGA